AUGCCUGUGGACCUGACCAUUGCCGGUGCCAUGGGCCUGAAGGCCGUCGCGGCCGCCAAGGCGGCCUCCGCGGCGGCGAAGCAGGCAGCAGCACAGGCCAUCGCCAUGGCGCAGAACACGAACUUAGCGGCGCUGCAGGCGGAGCAAGCACAGGCGAAUUUGGAGAAGUACGUCUACGGUGUGCCGGUGUCGUCGAUACCACCAAGUGUGUCGCCCAUGCCACCAGCUGCUAUCCAUCCAUAUCCCAUGAAGGCUGAGAUUCCUCUGGGCGGGCUUGCAUUUGCAGCAUGCGACGCCAUGGGCAAGUGGCGAGAGGGAGGGCAGAUGCAGCGAAGUUGCACCAGGGCCUUGAAGAGAGACCUGGGAAAUCGCUUCUUGUAA